GAAGGCAGAAAAGUACCGCCCAUUAGUUGCGUUGCUAGGCAACACACAAACCGAAAGUUGGAAUGAAACUAAUACUGUCAAUCAUAAAAAAAAUAAUGGGCACAAAUACUGCAACAAACUGGAAUUUUAAACAUGAAUCAUAAAAUGCAGAAACAGAUUUAAAACUGAAACAUAAAGCUUUUACUGGAUCUCUCUUAAAAAAAUUUGAAAUUGUAAAUGUCACCAAGAAUAAUGUCAAGAAUAUUGCUCACAGAUCACAGUGAAAAUAUAUACAAUAUUGUUCAGAAGGAAGAUGCAAAGCCACCUCCAAAAGUAAGAUGAACCACGCUGUCUACUUUCACACCGUCUCCCCAAGAUUCCACCACGUAUACAGGCUGCAAAGAAACAGAAGCAUGAUAUGGCAAGAUACACAGAAGAACAAGCAUUGGAAGACAAAGAAGAAGGAAUGGAAGCAAAACAUGAUGUUAAGCAAAAUGAACACAGUCUUAAAGAUAAAAGGAAAAAUGGACAUAAUUACUGUUAUCAAAACAUAGAAAAAGCAAAAAAACUUGUUCCACGCCAACCAACACGCAAUUAUGUUGAUACAAAAAUGGGAGACACUAAUGUUUUGCAGUCCUCUGGCAUGGAAACUCAUUUUGUUCUGAAGAAGGCCUUUGGAAAAAUUCCAAGUUAUCUGCACCACCGACAACUACACGUACAAGCAUCAAAGAAGAAAAUACAAGAAGAAAUAAAACAGCUCAAACCUGAGGGUCAUUACAUUACAGAGUCACAAAGAAAGGCGUUGCUUCAGGGCCUGAAGCACAACUGGGAAGAACUACAAAAAACAUACCAGCAGUUACCCAUUAUUACAGACACAAUACCAAAGAAAAAGUACAAAAUAAAACUCGAGGAAGAACUGAAACAGCUUGAGAGUGACAUAAAAACCAUUGAACGCCACAAACACAUUUAUGUAACAGAUGCUGACUCCAGUGAGUUCAGUUACAACCUAGAUUCUGAAUAAACAUGAAGAAUACAAGUAAAAACUGCAAAGAAUUGAAAAUUUGUGAUUCAGGAUCUUACAGAUCUUAGUUAUACAAACUCAGAAAUAGAAUCAGAACUUUUGAGACAAAGAACUCCUUGAAGAUGGCAGUUUUCUGGGUUGUUGUGCCAUGUAGUCUGGUAAAAAUGUACCGACACUUCAAGGUCCAUGCUGCCUCCAUCAUCAGGGCGAUGAGUAAGCGGUUUGCUUACAUGGCGCAACAACCCAGACGACAGCCAUCUUCAAUCUCAACACUAUGAAAACCUCAAAUCUUACAAAAAACUCCUUCCUUACAUUCAAUGACUAUCUCAGAAAGUAUGUUUGAAAGUGUAUAUGUUCAUGAAUGUGAGAUGAAGGAAUAAAAUAUGUACAAAUAUAU